CGGAGUAGCUUUGCUGAAGGAGCUUUGCCGGAGUAACUUUUCUCCCUGAAGAUGAAGUUCCUGGUCCUGUUUUGGCUACUCGUCGCCACCGAUUCCCUACCAGCGAAGCGCGACUGGAAGGGCGACGAGGAGACCCCGUCGCGGAGGGAAGCGGGAUCGCUGAUGGAUGUCGCCGAGAGCGGGAAGAAGGUCGCCGAGAGCAGGGAGGACGUCGCCUUCGACAGAGGCCUUCUCUUCACCUUCUUUCGAACGCAGGCUGAAGGGGAACUUGACAGAAGAAUCCAUAAACGAAAUCUACGACCGAUUUUGCUUGGGGGUCGGCUGGAAGAGAAGCGAGGAUCCAGCGGACGAGCUGAACAGGUUUUGCAUCGGCAUGGGGUGGAAGAGGAGCGGGGAGAAUGCCCCGGAGUCGCAAUGUCAGAUUUCUAG